CGAGAGGUGGAGGGUUGUCGUCUCACGAGGCGCGGCUUGUCACAGCAGCAGCAGACGGAAGGUGAACCAACAACUCAAUCAAAGGUGAGCGUCCCCAUUACUGAUAAUGUCAAACACCGGCCUUAUUCGACGCAUCAACAGCCAGCCUCCACUCCCAACCCCGAUACUAUCAUGUUCAAAGUUGGCAUUUUCUGUCAUAUCCAUUGCUCAGAUUGCCAUGGGUGCAGUGCAUCUGGAUGACUGUCCGCGGCAGCACUACAUCCCCAUCUAUCUGAUCGUGGCCGGAGUCUUUGGACUGGUGCUGUCGGUGUUCUCCUGCCUGCCCUGCACCAAAGCCCCCGAAGACGGCACCUUCAACCCGCUCACUCGAGUCUGCAUGGCCUGGAACUCGUUGACAUCUUUCUUCUUCUUCUGCUGGUUUAUAGCCGGUAAUGUGUGGAUAUACUCUAUUUACGAGCCCAACUACAACAGGAACACAACAAAUGUGGAUCCCUACUGCGACCGGUCCCUCUACCUGUUUGCCUUCUGGACCACCACCUUAGUCUACAUCCUCCUGUGUCUGUUCAUGGUUGGCGGCUGCUGUGUCUGCUUCUGCUUUUUGCUGUGUGGCCGAGCCGACGCAGACGACGACGUCUAGAGACAAGCAAACCGGCGAGGAGACAGGAAGCGUCCAAUGAGGCUCUUAUACAGUUGAUGUAUUACGACACAGGACUAAUGUUUCAUCUUGACACCUACCGUGUCUGUGGUGGCACUGCCUUUGAUUCGACAGCCUCGUUGGGAUACACAUCUGAUUUUUAUCUCAAAUCAGUCUGCAGGUGGUUUAUUGAUGCAGAGACUUUUCCACCUGCAAAAGCUGCAAUGCAGUCUGUUGGGAGGAAUGCCCUCUCACUCGCAGUCCAAAAGAUACAUGAGAUGUAUUGUUGACUUGUUCAACCAAGAAUUGGGUUUAAACUUAAUACAGAGUACAGGAUAAUAUGAAAAGAUAUCUGUUCUCAUUCAUUUUGCCUUUUUACUUUUUUGUUAAUUUGUUUCAUGAAGGCACGCUAUAAAACAUACCUUCAUACGCCAUCUUGCCCAUCAUGCACUUUAAUAGACAAUGAUUUCUAAUACAGCGGAUGCCUAUAUAAGAUACUUUAUGAUGCAGUGGUAUGUUUACUGGGGGAACCAUCAUUUAUUCAUCAUUAUGUGAUAUUGAAUCACAACUCUUAAUUUGCAGAUUAAACUGUAUCAGAAUAUAUAUCAAAGUUUGUGUGUAUAUAACACGAUUAAGAUUACCUACAGUAUAUAUUUACCAUCAUGCUAUCAAAGAUACGUUGUAUUUUGUAACCUGAAACAUCUAUUAAAAGAGAAAGAAACUUGGAAAUGUGUAAUAUGGAAACUGUAUUUCUAAAUAAAGGAAACGGGUUUCUCCA